AUGCCAGACAGCCACGCGAUACCAGUCCAAGGCAGCAUUGCCCACCUCUCGCCCCGGCAGCAGCUCCACAUCGCCCUCGCACAGCUCCUCCCCGACGACACCGGACUACACCACCCAAACGCAGCCCAGCACUCGCUCGCCAAGCUGUCCUCGUGCGCACACACGGCAGCUCAAGCCGGCGCCGACAUCGUCAUCUUCCCAGAGUACUUCCUCAGCGGCGCCACUCAUGGACACUGGCAGGGCGUCAGGGGCAGCGCCGACGACCAGGAUCAAGACGACAAGCCCUGGCUCGAGGCGAUAAAGCAGAUUGCACAUCAGGCGGGGAUCGACAUUGUCGCCGGCACCGUCGUCGAGCUGGCCGAUAUCGACGACAACGACGACGCCGCCGCGGACACCACCGACAGCCCCGACGCCGGCCAGCAGAUACCUCACCGCCUCGACGAUGCACGAGCUCGUCCCCAGGCCAACCCCUCCUCGCCGUCCUCGUCUGCAAAAGGACCGACCGAGAAGCGUCCGCUCUACAACACUGCCUACUACGUCACAAGGACAGGAACCGUAGCCCAUCGCUAUACAAAACAGAACCUCUGGCACCCGGAGCGCACCACCCUCUCGUCAUCCUCGCCCUUCACCCAUGCAGAGCAGCACAGCAGCGCAACUUUUGGCAUCACGACGCGGCGCGGGCUGCGGCUGCGCGCAUCACUGGCCAUCUGCUGGGACCUGGCGUGGUACUCGCGCUUCGAGCAGAUGCUCAAGUCGCCGGCGUCGGCCAAGCAGGGCAACCUCUCGGACCUCGACGUCGAGGGACAGGCGGCGGGCCCGGACGUCAUCCUCGUGCCGACCUGCUGGUACGCCUCGGAUGGCGGCGCCGCCGCACUGCGCUGGAACCGGCGGUGCGAGGAGGACCUGCUCCGCAGCCUCUGCACCACACGGGCGCUCGAGACCGAGGCGGUCGUAGUCAUGUGCAACGUCGCCGGACCCAAGCUGUCGCCGCAGCAGGUUGACAGCGCCCUCGAGGCGGUGCGGUGCGGCGAGAGCGAGGAGCUGCCGCUCAUCGGGCUCGGGCGGUCGUUGAUCGCAGCGCCGUUCCAGGGAUGUGUCGCGCAGGUAGACGGCGAGAACGAGGCGCUGCUGCUGCAGAGCCUCAACCUUACCGUCCUCGUCGAGGCGAGGGAGGUGUAUCGCAACCGGUACGACGUCGCGCUCGAUAUCGAAGACAAGUCGUCGCAGCGGUAG